GUGUUCCUAUCAUACAGAGCAAUCCUCAUGUGAUGCAUGCACAGCCGGCUACUACUGUCCAUCCAACACCAGUGACCCUACCAUGUACCCCUGCCCCGAGGGCUACUAUUGCCCCCUCAGCACCGGCUACGCCAUCCAGUACCCCUGCUCCGAAGGGACAUACAACGGUCUCGCUAUACAGCAGGAUAGCACUUCCUGCGACCUUUGCCCUCCGGGGAUGUACUGCCAGGGCGAGGGGUUGCCAGCACCGACGGGUAACUGCUCGGCCGGCUGGUUCUGCACUGGGGGAUCGGCUAGUUCUAUGCCUCUACCGACAGGCAAUGCAUCGGUCAUCUCAGACUGCACCUGUCCCGCGGUGAACUACACCGGCAACAGAUGUCCACCUGGUACCUACUGCCCAGCAGGGGCAUCCAGACCUAUCGACUGCGAUCCGGGCUACUACUGUGGAGACUAUGAGCUGGACACUCCUUCCGCACCAUGCAGUGCAGGCUUCUACUGCCCGGGGGGCAACGACAAUGCUGAACCAGAGGGCUUUGAUUGUCUAGCUGGCCACUACUGUGAGAUGGGCUCAGCCUAUCCUACCCCGUGCUCCAAUGGAACGUUCUCAAACACCACAGGCAACACAGAGCCAGCCAAUUGCGAGUCUUGCACACCAGGAUCCUACUGCGCCGGUGAGAGUCUGCCUGUACCCUCAGGUCUGUGCUACGCCGGCUUCUACUGUCCUGGCGGUCAAGCAACCAAGACCCCCGUCCAUUUCACAUGUCCAGCUGGCUUCUCUUGUCCAGUCGGAAGCACUGCUCCCCAGCUUUGUGUCAGAGGUACAUACCAGUCAUCCGAGGGUCAGGGCGCCUGCGACCUUUGCCCCGAGGGGUCAUACUGUGACCCCUAUGAGCUCAAUAACGUGACGGGCGUGAUUGUACCCCAGGAUUGUAUCAUGGGACAUUACUGUCCGAACGGAACAGAAUACGCAGAGCAGAACAAGUGUCCUCCGGGCACGUACUCCAAUCAGACAAACCUCGCCAGUGUGGGCGAGUGUACUGAUUGUGAUGCAGGCUGGUACUGCGACGAGGCCGGUCUGCAGGCGCCCAAGGCAGAGUGCCAGGCAGGUUUCUACUGCACCCUAGGGUCAAGCGAGCCCGCCCCCGAGGACGGGGUCACGGGAGAUAUCUGCCCCAUAGGGAUGUUCUGCGUCCAGGGAUCCGUCACAGGUGAGAACUGUCCAAAGGGUCGCUAUGGCAACCAGACCGGUCUGCGUACAGCCGGAGAAUGUCCUCUUUGCGAUCCAGGCUCCUACUGCCCCACCGUUGGCCAGUCCGAACCCUUUGAGGGAUGCCUGGCUGGAUUCUACUGUGAGCUUGGCUCUGACCGCUCUAACCCGACCAACGGUACAGGGUACCUGUGUCCGAUGGGCCGCUACUGUCCCGUGGGCACUCCUGUACCCAUCCAGUGUCCAAUGGGGACUUACAACCCUGAAGAAGGCAAAGAUACCAUUGAAGAUUGUGUAGGCUGUGAUCCAGGCUUCUAUUGCCAGUACGAGGGACAGUCCAACAUCACCGGCACCUGUAUUGAAGGCUACUACUGCAUGGGAAACGCCUCUAUCCCCAACCCGCAAGAUCAAGUGACCGGUGACAUCUGUCCGAUCGGUCACUACUGUCCAGAGGGCACCGGCUAUCCCCUGCCCUGUAACAAUGCCACCUACAUGAACGACACAGGAGCAUCAGAGUGCUUGGUCUGUCCAGAGGGCUUCAUGUGCGUUCGAGGGACGGAGCCUGAUCCCUGCCCAGCUGGCUACUACUGCCCCAUGGGAACUGGAUACGACGUACAGCCAUGCCCGCAAGGUACAUACGGAGCUGGUACUGGGUUAGCGGAGGUGGGUGAGUGCACUGAUUGUCCUGGCGGAUAUUACUGUGAGAGCCCAGGCCAAGAUUCAACGACCGACGAAUGCGACCCGGGAUUCUUCUGUACUCUAGGUGUGAACGUACGAGCUCCUAAUGGGCAGAAUAAUACCGGGGUCGGAGGUCAUUGCUACGCAGGUCACGAGUGUCCGACGGGAACAGCUUCUCCUGUCCCAUGUCUGGCUGGGUUCUACAGCGGCUACACGCAGAGAGCUAGCUGUGAUGUUUGCCCACCAGGCUAUUACUGUGAGAAUGCCACUGUUGUACCUCUGGAAUGUCCAGUCGGUCACUACUGUCCAGACGGAACCGAUUACAGUGACCAGUACCCUUGCCCAGCCGGAACAUAUAACAAUGUCACAGGUCAAAUGAAUCUGACAGACUGCAUGUUCUGCCCACCUGGCAUGUACUGUGAAGGAACAGGCUUAGACUACCCCAGCGGUUGGUGCGACGAAGGGUUCUUCUGCACAGGAGGCUCCUAUGCCAAGAGACCAUUCAACGUAGGCGUUCUAGUCAACAACAGCUACCAGUAUCCAGAUGAUACCUGUCACCCACAGUUUGACUGCGUAUGUCCAGACUACAGCAACAGCACUGGCGGACUCUGUGGGCCAGGGUACUACUGCCCUCGAGGGUCACCGAGUCCUCUGAACUGUCCUGCAGGAAUGUACUGCGAGACACCCGGGCUGGCUGAACCUACUGGUAACUGCUCUGCUGGGUCUUACUGCAACCACACAAGCUUUGAGCCUGAUCAGCAUGCCUGUCCUCCAGGCUACUACUGCCCCGUUGGGACGGGUGUACCGUUCGCCUGCCCCGCUGGUACGUACAGCAACACCUCGGGCAACGUGGAGCUGGGUGACUGCCUCAACUGCACAUCCGGAGAGUACUGUGAAGGUGAAGGCAAUGCCGAACCGGACAAUGACUGCGAUCCCGGCUACUUCUGUCCCGGCGGCCAAACCUCGUCCAACCCGGUUGGUCUGGAGUGUCCGGAGGGUCACUACUGCCCUGGGGGAUCACAUGACCCAAUCCUGUGUGAGAAUGGAACGUACCAGGCCAACACGAAACAGCCUUCUUGUGACCAGUGUCCGGGCGGAUACUAUUGCGAUCCAACAGAAUCUGGACCAGUCAUCACCCCUGUGACUUGCCCUAGGGGGUACUUCUGCCCCCCUGGCACUGGAUUAUCCACUACUAAUGCCUGCCCAGAGGGUACUUUUGGUGACAGCGAUGGUUACGAUGAACUGGAAGACUGUGUACAGUGCACGGCAGGCUCGUACUGUGAGGAGCCGGCGUUAUCCACACCGACCGGGGAAUGCUACGCAGGGUUCUAUUGCACUAGCGGGGCAUCCAGCCCAACGCCAUACGAUGACAUGGUCGAUGCUGACAACAGUUCAUUCACCGGCAAUGAUGUCUGCCCCAAGGGUUACUACUGCACCAACGGGACCGACUACCCUGAGCCCUGCCCGCCUGGGACAUUCUCAAACAACGUUCGGGUGACUGAGGAGGAGGACUGCGAUCCGUGUCCCGCUGGAAAAUACUGUAAUCUUCAAGCUUUCAUCAGGGUUAAUGAGGCGCCGGACUGCGAUGAUGGCUACGUCUGUACAGGUGGAAGUACAACCGGUUCCCCCUCCAGCGACAGCGGGAUGGGCUACCCUUGCCCGGCCGGUCACUACUGCCCCUCGGGGGUGACCAGUGAGCUGGGUUGCCCCAUAGGAACGUAUCAACCUGAUGAAGGCCAGGCUAACUGUACCACCUGUCCCGACGGUCUGAUGUGCUUGUACACCAAUAUGACCAUGCCAGAGCCGUGUAAAUCAGGUCACUACUGUGUCUUUGGUGAGCAGCUGCCCAUCCCUUGUCCUCCUGGCCGAUUUAACAACAUCACUGGUAUCAGCUCAGAGGAGGAGUGUCCAUACUGUGUGUCUGGGCAGUACUGCGCUGGCUAUGGUAACGUCUGGCCUACAGGACCAUGCACUGCAGGUUACCACUGCCAGGGUGGAGCUGUGGAUCAGGUCCCAACGGCCACCUCAGAGUUUUCUGAGAACGGACUUUGUCCCGUCGGCCAUUACUGCGACGAGGGCACACCCGCUCCUGAGCAGUGCCCUUCAGGAACCAUCCGGUAUACCGAGGGUGCGGCGGGCGUCGACGACUGCCUGCCCUGCCCUGGUGGCUUCUACUGCGAUACUCCGGGCAAGACCAACGCAACGGCAGAAUGCACGGCCGGAUUCUACUGCCCGGCCAACGAGACCAUCACUGCCCCGACCCCGCAGGAAUUCCUGUGUCCAGUCGGUCACUACUGUCCCGAGGGUAGUCCAGCCCCUGUACCCUGUGGGGUUGGUAACUACCAGCCGGACAUGGGAAGGGAUUCUUGCAUUGCUUGCCAGGCCGGGUACUACUGCCAGAGCUCUCUGUUCCCGGAUCCGAAGCCGUGCCCAGCUUAUAACUAUUGUCCAGCAGCUACACAGACACCGAUCCCUUGCCCUGAUGGAACUUUCACGUAUCCGAACGACACAGGCUUGCAAUCAGAGUAUGAGUGCUUGCCCUGUCUUGCUGGGCAGUACUGCCGAGGAGGCCAGCUCCAGGGUGACUGCUCCCAGGGGUACCUGUGCUUGAGUACCAGCUCAGAGUAUACACCCAACGGGACCUUCCCCUCCUUGUACGACGUCGACAAGACCCAGUGCGAGGCCAACACCACCUGUGCCGGUCCCUGCCCCCUCAGCCACUACUGCCCUGAGGGAACAACAGAUGCGAUCCCCUGCAGGAACUUCACCUAUAGGGCCGAUUACUUUGGGAGUGUGGAGGAAGACUGCUAUCCCUGUGUUGCUGGGAGCUACUGUCUUGAAGGCGACCCUACCCUCUACCCAUGCCCCCUGGGCCACUACUGCCUGGAGGGGCUCGCACCCAUCGUGUGCCCUCUCUAUCAUUAUCGAGACGUUGAGGGAGCUCCGAGCAUGCAGGACUGCUUCAACUGUGAGCCUGGCUACUUCUGUAACGAAACAGGAAUGACUAACUACACCUACUACCCAUGCCCCGUUGGUCACUACUGUGAGGAAGCCACGACUGAACCAGAGCCAUGCACCGGAGGACGCAUGAGCACCACCGAGGCUCGCGUCAGCAACGAAGACUGCCCUCUAUGUACGCCGGGAUACUACUGUCCCAACGAUACUAUCAACGUCCAUGGCAUACCGUGUCGACCAACGUAUGAGUGCCCUGAAGGAGCUGCAAUUGAAGUGACAUGCCGAGGAGGAUACUACUGCGAAGGAGUGACUGGGCAACCCCCUAUCUGUCCAGGAGGCUAUUACUGCCCCAUCGGAUCAUUUGCACCAACCAUGUGUUUCUACCCGAAAUACUGUCCAGAGGGUACUGAAGUACCCCUUGCGUGUCCCCUAGGCUACAAGGCAGUCAAUCAUAACGAACUACGUAGCGACGAUGCAGGAUCUUGCCGUAUCUGCCCUGCGGGUACCUAUGGCAACCACACGGAGCGUUUCUACUGCGCUGACUGCCCCGAGGGAUACUACUGCCCCGAAGGUACUGGCAACCCUCAAGACUACCCGUGCGAAGAAGGCUACUACUGCCCGGCCAAUUCCUCGGCACCGACACCCUGCCCACCGGGAACGUUCGGAAACCAGGUCCAAGCGUACAGCGAAGAUCAGUGCGUGGACUGCCCCACCAACACCUAUAACAACUUGGGUGCUCAGAUAGCCUGUAGGCCAUGUGGAAGUGCCUCAAGUGCUGAACCAGGAAGCGCCAUGUGCACCUGCAAUGGCCUCUACCGAUCCUUCCAGAUCCUUGAUGGAUCCUGCGAAUGCCAGUCGGGUUACGUCUUCUACGACGAGACCGAUCAGGAACAGCAGGAGGGCAACGGCGACGGUGACUGCCAGCCGAGGGUCGACACCCGGUGCGAGCUCUCGCAGACCCGUGAUGCGAGCACCCGCGAGUGUGUGGACCCGGCAGAGGCGGACUGUUCGGUGGCGUGUACUCUUGGUAGCGGUGGAACGUACAACGUAGAUCUUGGAAAGUGCGAAUGUAAUCAGUACACCACCGUGGCGGAAAUUUGUGAUUCGAACUGCACGGCUAACAUGCCGACGACCAUGGCUUCUGUCGAUGUCAAUGGCGUCCUAAGUUUGAGCUCCACUGAUGGAUAUGGUAACACUAUAACCAAGUCCUUGUCAGGAACCAUCGGACCCAACGUUCAUACAACGGGUCAGAAGAAAACUGAGAUGUGUGAAACGUCUCCCACUGGUACCACCUGUGUUAUUCCCAAAGAUGUGACCGAUGUCGAUGCUUUUACAUCAGAAGAUUCCACAGUGAUUGUGACCACGCCGUUGUACACCACUUCUGACUCCUACACCACGAUGAACUACUCCAUUGGAGCCACCAACUCAUCCCGACGUCGCCUCCUCUCCACCCAGUCAACCACCGGGGUGAGCGGUAUCGAGAACCCGCUGGUGUGCCUUGAGCUUGAAGACCUCAUUCUCUUCCGUGUCAACAUCGACCACAAUAACCGCUCCCUCAGCAACUACCCCGUCUACCAGAAGGACCACUUGUUCAACACCAACCCGACCUUCGACUACAGCGAGUUCCGCGACCUGCGCUUCUACAUCCUCAACACUAACGUGUCCAUCUCGUUCUUCGCCCAUGUCUUCACCGAGCCGGGACGUUAUGUGAUUGGCGAUGCGCAGGAGCCGAGCUGGGAGAUCAUAGUGGCCGUCCAGGAGCAGGAUGUCUCCUGCGAUUCCAUCAGGAUCGGACCGUCCAACCCGGCUAACCUGGUCCUGCAGGACGUCAGCAAGACCAACAACGUCAACGAGGAACCUGACUGGGGUCUCAUAAUCGGUAUGCUUGCUUUCCUUGGUGCCUGUAUCAUCAUGCUGGUGAUCGCUGUCAUCGUCUGGAGACCCAUGGAUGCCGGCAUCUACCCGAUGAAGGCCUGGAAACCCAAGUACCGCGCCCUAGGUGCCCCACCCAAGAUCCCCACCUAUCUCCAAUACAAGGAUCACGAACGGGAGGAGCUGAUUGCAGGUACCACUGUAGCCAGCACCUCGGCUGUUGCUGUGUCAGGGAUGGCCUCAGGCAAUCCCACACUCCUAGAGGACUUCAAUGUGCGGACACUGUAUGACAAACUGGAAGAUCAGACGCUCUAUCUCUCACAGCAGCUGGCAAAGCAGCAGGAAGAUCUUCAAGGCUUCUAUGAACGCAUGUCCAAACAGACAGAUGGACUGAAGGAUCUCCUGGUCAACUUGGAUGUCAACAAGCUGGAACGUCUCUCCGGCCACAGACGAGGGCGCCGUGGUAGUGGGUCAAGCAGUGACAGCAGCAACAAUGGCCAAGAUAUACGUGUCAUGAAUUUCUCUUCCAGCCGCACCUAUAAUUUCUCAGGAUCCAACAGGAGGGAACAGGAGCUGAUGGAGGCUCUGCAGCUCCUGCUGGAGAAGCUCAACACCGGCAAGAUCCCCCUGAGCCAGGAGAUGCUCCAGCAGGCAGGUCUGGCUCCAGGUGGAUCCAUCUCUGGAGGAGGCGUGGUGUCCGGGAAGGGAGCCGCCGUGGACAAGCUCCUGGCCAAGCAGAAGGCGGAGCGCAUGCACCUGGACAAGGAGCUGAGGGAGGAGGCGGAGAACGAGAUGGAGAAGCUCCUAGCAGACCAUGAUGAAAAGCGUGCCUUGCUGAGCAGGCAGAUGUCCGAGAACCUCCAAGCCAAGCUGGAGCAGGCGACCUCCCAGGAGGAAAUUGAAAAGAUCAUGGCCGAGCAUGAGAAGAAGCUGGCCGAUUCCCUUGACCAGUUGGACAAACAGAAGGCCAAGCAGAUGCAAGACUUGACCAGGAGGCUGGCCAACCGACGACGGGACAGAGAGGGUGCCCUCAAAAGGCAACACAAGGCAGAGGCCGAGCAGCUCGGCAUAAAGCUGGAAGACGUCGGCGAGACGGAUCCAGAGGGAGUCCUCCAGGACCAGGGCCUGGACCUGGACCUUCUGAUGGCCGAGGAGAACGCUAGCAGGACCAAGGACCAGACUAACAUCACAAAGAACCUAGCCAAGGAACAACAGAAGAUGAUGUCAGAGAACAUGAACACUACCUUGACAAGCCUUGAAGAAACAGGUAUCCUCUCAGAGUCUGAUGUGAGCGACCUUAAGGUAGAACUGGAGAGCUUGGAAGACGGACUCAAGAGAAAGCUAGAGAAGAGGAAGUCAGACCUCAACAGGAACAUGAAGAACAAGAUGGCUGAAAAGAGGAGGAGAAAGACAAAGAAACUUCAGACGCAGCACGAUAAGGAACUUGAGAAAUGUAACUCCAGCGAGGAGGCUGAGGAGGUGGGGAAGAGACAUCAGAAGAGACUGGAGACCAUGGAGAAAUGGCUUGACAGCGAAGAGAAUCAACUAGCUCAGUCAAUUGAGAAGGAGAUCGGAAAUCGAUUGGCCAAGGAACUUCAAGAGGGACAUAAGGAGAUCCUUGACAAGCUUGCUGGCUCUCACGGUGUCGACCAAGUCACCCAGCAGCGUCUCCUAGAUCAGCUUCGUCGCAACAAUGAGGACAUCUCCUACGAACUUGGGGUCCAGCGCGAGCAGCAGUCCUCCAACUUCGAUGCCAAGAUCGCGGCCCGUAGAGGGCGCCGUAAGCAGGACAUGCACCGCCUCGCCGAGGAGGAGGCCGCUCAACGCAUCCUGAAGGAGCAGGAGAAGGCGGUCGGGAAGAAGGACGAUCGGGGCGGAUUCAGCAUCAUGGGCGUGGCGGAAGACACACCCAUCAACAUGGCAGAGCUCUCCAUGGAAGAGCAGGCUGUGGUCAGGGAGCACCAACGCGUCCAAGAGGAGAUGAAGGAGCGCCACGAGCAGGAGAAGGAGGACCUCCAGAAGAACCUUGGUGAGGGAGCCAAGACCAAGGAAGCCGAAGAGGUCAAGAAGCUGGAGCGGGAGAAGUCCAAGGUCCUGUCGGAGACCCGGAACAAGCACGCCGCGGAGCUGGCCGCCCGUCAGGACCUCUCCGAAGAGGAGAUGAAGCUGUUGCUCCAGACGCAUGCCCGAGAGCUGGAAGACAUCGAGGAUCGCAUGGAGAGCGAGAGGACCAGACAGCAGCUGGCGGUGCGGGACAGGCUGGCAGCGCGCAAGAAGAGACUCCUGGAGGACCAGAGGCGGAAGCAGGAGCUGGAUCUUGCCAAGGAGGCGAUCGAGCAGAAGAAGGAGCUGAGGGAUGUCCACGGGAAGGUGGUGAAGGAAGCAGAGAGGAAGGAGAUGGUGGAAGAGAUACAGAAAGUUGGAGGACAGAACACGGACAAAGUCAUCAAAGAGGUUCUUGCCAAACGCCAAGCCCAGGAAGCCAGGGGCCUCGAUGCCCAAUUUGCUGCUGAACGUCGCAUCGCCGUCGAGGGUGCUCUCGACAAGCUCCACGACAAGUACAACGCCAAACGCGACUCCAUGCUCCAGAGGCACGAGAAGGAACUUGCAGAUCUGGCCAAGGAAGACCUGACGUCGGACCAACGGCAGCAACGCAAGGCUGCACUCCUCAACAAGCAGCAGAUUGAGCUGAACAAGCUGGAGCGGGAGCUGGCGGACGAGAAGAAGGGCAUUGAGAAGGGCGCCCUCAGCGACUGGGAGCUCCGAUACGCCCGAGCCAAGCUCCAGAUGAAGGAGAGACACUAUCAGGAGUAUGCGGAUGCCUUGAAAGAGUUAAGCUCAGACCAAGACGCUAACCAUGUGGUUAAUGCCGAACAGGCCGCCAAGGCAGCUCAAGAGAUUGAAGAAGUCAGGCAGAAGCUAGAAUCUGAGAGGAUGGCCAACGAGGAGAGGAUCAGGAAAGAAAGAGAAGACUUUGAGGAGAACGAGAAGAAGAAGAUGGCGCGUGAAUUGGAAGAAUACGAAAGCAAACUAACUGAUGAAGAGAAGAAAGAUAGAGAGAAGAACGAGAAGAGAAUCAAUGGUCUCAACAAGAGAAAAGAUCAACUCAUCAAAGAUAAGAAGAAGAAACAAGAGGAGAAACUGUCGGCCAUGAAGGAUCAAGGAGCAAGCCAGGAGGAGCAAGAGAAGAUCAUUGCCGAGUUUGAAAGAGAUCUUCAGAAGGUCCAAAACCAGAUGGAUGCUGAUAGACUGAGGAUGCAGAGUGAACUAGAGGAGAGAAUCCGAAAGCGGAAGGAGGAGAGACGAAAGGCCAAGGUAGAACAGGUGCAGGGCCAGGUGGAGGAGAACAUCAAGGAGAAAGAGGAGGAGCUCAAGUCAGAGGAAGAGAGGAUGAAGGCGGAAGAGGUAAUCCUGCUGCGUAACAGUGUAGAAUCAGACCACCUCCUUUCGGAUGCUCCCGCCCAACAAGAACAAGCCUUCCCGACGGACUACACCAUGGCUGCUGCCCUCAGUGAUGCAGACUUGGCCAACCUUCUCAUGUCAUCACCGCUCUACCGCAAGCUGGGCGAGAUCAAGCGUACCAUGGAGGAUGGUACGCUGCCUCAGCGCAAGCGUGGAGAAGAAAUCUUCACAGACAAGAACGACACCGAAUGGACAAACGACCAGGAGCUCGUGCCGAUCGACCUCAACAAGCUCUCACCCCGCAGCUUCGUGGCUUACCGCUUUGGAUGCUUCGUGGUGCGUCUCGUCGCUGUCCACUGCGGCCACAAGCCCGUCUCGCUGCUCAUCGCGGAGAAGAUCCCCGUCAACGAGAAGCUUGUGAGGAACGCUUACCGGAACUCGUUCCACUACGAUGACCUGAACCAUAUCCUGUACGUGAGGGAGGAGAGGCUUGGUAGCGUCGGAGAGUUCAUGCUCGUUAUCAUCCAUGCUCUUGCUCACAUCAAAGCAGGUGAUAUGCGAGACGACACCAACGUCGACUUCCUCCGCGAGUUCCACCUUGCGCUAUCCGUCGUUUGCAACGAUCUCUUCUUCGCCCGCUACCGCAGCAAGAACUCACCGCGGGACACCACCUCUGACCGGGACGGCGAGGGUAUCAGCACCCUGGAGGAGCCGCCACUCGACCCCGCCCAGUCCAAGGCCCUCAUCGAUGCCAUGUUUGGUGGAGAGCAGCUGGAGACAGAGAAGGAGGACUCGUUGGAGAGGCUCAUGGACGUCAAGCUCCUGCAUGGUAGCGAUGAGGAUGGGGUUCACUUCAACAAGGAGCUCCUCUCAGAGAGGAUGAGCUCGUUCAGUAACUUUAGUCUGAACGACAAGAUGAGGAACUUCCUUGGAGCAGUAGAAGAUAAGAUGGCGUUGUCAAGGCAACAUGGGAGCAGUGAUGAUGUUGACAAACGUCUGGCAAAGCUGACUGGAAAGCCAGCAACAUCCAAGACUCAUCCAGCUAUGAAGGGCAUGAAAGGCGCCAUUGACCAGCUCCCCGAUGAGCUGAGUGGUACCGCACUCUGGCAGAGUGUGUCCCAGGGAGCUACGGCCAAGGAGCGUUCCGGCGGUCGCAUCAUGCUGGCUGCUAGCAAAGCCCAGGAUAAGAACCUACAGAAACAAUUCCUUAUGGACGAAGUCAACUCACUGACGGAGAAACUUGAUAAGCUCAAUACCACCUUCGCAGAGCUCAGCACCAAAUACGUCAAGACGCAGGGCACGAUCAGCGCCAUCUAUGAAGAACUACACUCUCAGAAGACACUUGCAGAGGAAGAGAAGGAGAAGCCUGAGGAGAAGGAGAAGCUGAUGAAGGACACAACUAAACUUCUGAGCGAUGCACAAAACAACCUGACCGACCUUAAUCUCAAACGGGACACUCUCUCCAAGAAGAUUGACUCGUACAGCAAGCUACUUGAAGAGAGACAGCAGCAACUACAAACCCAACUCAGACGCAAAGAUGUCAAGAAGAAGUAAAAACUCCCCUGUUAUGCAUAAUGGAAUGGUCACUUAGUCAUAGAGUCGUGCGGUAUCUGGGUUAUUCCAUUUAGUCUCUAAGGGAUGAUACUCGUAUAAGAUUUGAAAAUAUUGACCUGUACAGUAAGUUAUUUGUAGAAGGAAAAUACAUUUUGUAGCAAGUACACUGCCCACUCGGAUGUAAGGAUUCAAUAAGUGAAAACUCCCCUUUAUCGCAUAAUGGAACAGUCCGUUUGUUAUAAAGUCAUGUACCAUAUGGGUUAUUUCACUGAGUUAAAGAGGGAAGUGCAGUCUGGUGAGAACUGUUUUACAGUUAUACAUGUAGGCCACAACUGGGGUGCCAAUUUAAGAGCAUAAGUUUUUGGUUUAUCUUCCACAGAAAUCAAAUAGAACAGCCGCAAUUUUAUAACAAUGUGUACAAUGAGGGUCAACCCAUUUAAAGCAAAGGUAAAUACAUAUAACUAUUUCAGAUGUUUAUUUUAAACCAGUUUUGCACAAAAGCAUGAUCAAAUAAUUUUUUUUUAAAAGCUGACUUAAUGGAAUCUUCCAACAUUUCUGCUGUCUUAUACCAACUGGACUGCACCAUUCAGAAAGAGGGGGUAUCUUGAUUCCCAACAGAGGCUUAUUCCAGACACCCAGAGUCUGUUAUGCACAAAAUUGAAAAGUCAGUACAUGUACAACCUUUUCUUAUAGGAGAAAGACCCUUGAAUUCAAAAAUAAAUACUUGAAGAAAUCCAGUAAACUUCUGAUCAUUUAUUUAUUUACUGACUUUUAUACUGAUUAUGUAUACAUAGAUUGUUACCGCAUUGUCUUAGACUUGUAUAUAUAUGGACUAUAUCUUUACAAGAAUAUAUUUUGUCGUAGUAAUGAUUAUACAUUUUAAGUUUUAUAAAAAUGUGUAUAUAUGUGUGUGCUCUUAAUCUUGAUUCUAUUGCAAUACUCAGAAUGAUAUGAUUGAUAAUAAUAAUGAUGUAAAUAUAUUAUAUUACAUUUCAAUGUUGCUUAAUACAUAAGGUUCUAAGCACUAGGUUAUUGUCAGGAUUAAAUUUCUGAAAUACUGAUUUCUGAUCUCUUUCUUAUGACACGUUGGUUAUUUGACUAUUUGAAAGUACAUUAAAUUUGUAUAAAAACGUUACUGUAUUAAUUAUCUUGUGCCUUUCAAUCAUUUUCGUAUUCUUUAUGCAAAGAUAUUUAUCAAAACUUUGUACAAAGUAUUUUUGACAUUUGUUCCGUCCAGGAUUCUAAAGCGAUAGCAGUUUCCAAAGUAUUUCUUUUUACGACCGUCCUUCAAUAAUGUGUUUUUUGCCUUCAUUGUAGAUCAAUAAUGUGAAUAACCAACGAACGAACUCCUAUAAAUAGAAAUAUUUUAUUGUUGGCCAGAAAACUUUAGUAAAUAGAAAAUAUGUAUGUGGAUUUCAGAUUUUUAAUCGUAAAAAAAGAGGAGAAUAUUCCAUCCAAUAAUGUUAAGUCGUGGUAGCAUUUAAAUUUUCCACGCAGUAAAUUAAUGAAUUGAGCAUAUAAAACCAUUCAAAUAUUUAUUCAACAAGUACAUAUCAAUACAAGUUUAUGUGUGACAAAUUUCUAGUUUGAGUUAGGUAUAUGAUCCGUCCAGUCAUAACGGCUUUAUAAAACUAUAAGCUGUCAAAACAGCAUCUUUCUUACUUUGGGUUUUUAUUUAACAUGUCAAGGAAGAUAUUCUAUGUAAUAUAUUAAAUACAAUGUUAUGCAUCCUUUACAGCGUAUAAU